AUGUCCACUCCAAACCGGGCUGGUCCAAGUACGCUACGGCAAGAUCCAGGAGACGUGGCAGCUCCCACGAGCGAGUCGCUAGUCCACACCCCUCUCAUAGACCCAUGGAUUCGCAAGGUGGUGUUUCUGGGCACGGGCACCUCAGGUCAGAUUCCUGCUGCCCCUUGCGUACUUCCCGGCUCGCAAGGGCCGCACGGAGAGAAACGAUGCGAUGCAUGCGCGGAUGCCAUCAGACCGGGUAGCAGGAACCGAAGGGGCUGUUGCUCUGCCAUGGUAAUCGGCGUUGGAUCGGACGGCGUGGAACAGUGAGUGCCAGGGCUUUGCGUGCGCCAUUCCACCACGUUUGCACGUCUCGGUACUGAUCACAGUGUUCGCACAUCUUCAUCUCCAUCUUCAGCGUUAUCCUCAUCGACUGCGGACCAACAUUCUACGAAUCGGCAUUGAGAGCAUUUAGGCAGCACAAGCAGAGGCGAAUCACUGCCCUGCUGCUGACCCACGCUCACGCAGACGCAAUGCUAGGACUGGAUGCGCUCAGGGCCUGGACGAUGAGAGGUGCAAUCCAGCAUCAUGUCGAUGUUUAUUGCACAAAAGAAGCGUUCGAAGGAGUUCGAAACACAUUCCCUUAUCUCAUAGACGAAAGCAAAGCGACUGGUGAGUCAUGAUGUGCUGGGCAUUCGUGGCGAGAGGAAACGAGCUCAUGCUAAAUCUGCUCUGCAACAGGCAGUGGCUCCGUGGGAGCUCUCAGGUUCCAUCUCAUCGACCCUGCUCGGCCAUUCGAAGUCGACGCUGGCAAAGGGCCAAUCAAGGAUGUCUCAGGAAAAGCGCUCCUCGUAGAGCCUUUGCUCGUGGGGCAUGGACUCACAUCCGAGGGAGCUUCGUUCCCUUGCCUUGGAUUCAGGAUCGGCUCACUAUCUUACAUCAGCGACGUCUCGUCGAUACCGCGAAGCACCAGAUCGAAAUUAAAAGGCACUCGCGUGCUAGUAAUCGACUCUCUAAGCCCUAGGCGACAUAUCAGUCACUAUAGCCUUGCUCAAGCAGUCGAGGAAUCGCUUCGGGUAGCAGCCCUGAAUGCGGACGGUGGACAAGAUGGACGUCGACUCGAGCUCGCCCUGGUCACGGACCUAGCCCAUGGACUCGAACAUCACGCGACUGAUCACGCAUUGCUUUCGUUCGUAGCCGGCCUAAGAGUGCGUCAUUCUCAACAGCACAGCAGAAAGAGGCCCGACCUCUCCUUGUCCGAUGCAAUCGCGCAAGAGCCGAUCUCGGCUGGCGCCAAGCGAGCAGAGGAACGAGCGGACGAGAAGGUCGCAGAAGAAAUGUGGUGGUUGCAACAUUGGGAUAGUCUGACGGCGGACGACCCGUUGCUAAAUCCGGAUGGACUACCUCGCUUGCGAGAUGAAGUGCCUACUCCGGCUCAACUAGAAAGCGUCUCGACUCAACACGCGGCCGUGGGCUGGAUGAUGCAAACUGGCUCUUCGAAGGACCAGCCAUAUUCGACCCCUCAACUCUCUGCAAGGAACUACGUUCCUGAUAUAAGAGUGUCCUUCGACGGCCUGUGCAUCUGUUUCGGUCCAGAGUCUGAGCGCAGCAGUCGCAUGACCUUCGCGUCCCCCAUGCUGGGCCUGUCGGCAGGGUUGACGCAAGGUCUGGCGAACUUUCUUCGCCCGGAUGGCAAGCUGGUGGUCCCAAAGUCAUCUCGUGCGCAAGCACAGGGAACGGAAAGCUCGUUGAGGAGGGAUCAGACCCCACCAGUGUCUGGUCAGGCGCAAACGCACCUUCCUCAGCGUGAAGUCCUCACGGAGCGACCGCCACUCGCGACCAGGAGUACGGUGCGUCCGUCCACCGCAAAGUCCAGCGACGCUACGCCAACGCUGGAAUCGUCAAAAAAGUUUGUGCUUGCCCCGCUUGACCAAUCGGAGGGUGAGCGCAUUUCUUUUGUGGAUCCAGCGCACCUGCCGUUUCCGGCUUCAGUCUCUGAGGCGCAGCAGGACGCUCGACGCUCGGGGCAUAGGAAGUCAAAGGGACCGCGCAGGCCGGCAGAAUUGGCCAAGGAUGCGAUCCCUGCUCGAAGCGCUAGUCUGAGCAAUCCGCCCAGCCCGAGCAACAGCCGCAGCGGAAGCGAGGCUGGAAGCUCGAGGACAACAAGCGAUGCUAGCUACACGGUCAGCGAGUAUAGCGCUAGAUCGCUCGGUGUCGGCGAGCAAUCUGUUGAUAGCGUCAAAAGCGCCUCUACCUCUGCAAAUUCCCCGCCCAAAAGAAAGGGAUUCGCGGACCGAAUUCGCAGCAGAGUGUCCAGUCUUGCCAGCGUACGGAGUCGUAGACAGAGCUCGAAAUCCACCUCCGAGCACAACGACGGACAGCUGAGCGAGCACAGAAGAACAGAGAGCUUCUCCAAAUAG